CGAUCAGACCCGAGGAGACCCGAGGUGUUUGAUGUUUGGUCACGUUUGUCAACAGACAGCUGAGGAGGGAGCUGCGCAUGCGCACUGCUGUCAUGGUGACAGGAUCCCGGAAGUGUCCUUUCCUCUGAUUCCGGAGGUGUAUUGCUGGUGUGACGCCCUCCCGCCGUCUUGGAGGCUGUCUUGGCCGACCUCAACUGGAAGGGUCCGGUCCUCGGCCAGAUUGAGCUCACCUGGUGCCUUCCAGGCUAUAUAAGCUGGCCCGUGUGCUCCACUGUGUUUCUCCCUUCCUACAGCUGACAUCGACCUCCGUAUCACCUUUCUUUUGGUUUCACACCUUCAACGCCUCCACAUGCCACACAACCAUGCAUGACUUUCACUACCGACUCAUUUCAGUUAACCUUAGUUUAAUAAACUAUGCUUGGUUUUAAGCAAGGCAUCGGCUCGUGUCUUCGAGCAGUUCAUACGUGACGCUCGAGAGUGAGAGUUUCCCGGUUUGCGUGAGAAGUGCUGACAGCGCUGACGGUAACCAGCGAACAGAGUUCAGAUCGGAUCCAUCUGAUGUUUAUCAGUGAAGAUCUGUCAAAGUGUCGAUCACAGACUUUCAUGUCCUGAGAGAUAGAUGGACUGCAGAGAUAGCGGGAAUCUCCCCUCUCCGUUAUCAGAUCUGAGUCGUCACAGAUCUUCAUAAAGACACCUGAAGUGACGAGCAGAGAGACACAGAGACAGACGGGGAGCUGGACGGGACAAUCAGAGACAUCAUGAAGCUGAGACUCAACGUCUGCACUUUGCUGCUGGUGUGCUGCAGUGUAUUGUGGGUAGUCGUCUCCUCCUCCAGGGUUAAAGCGCCUCCUCCUGGUUGUAACUCCACGUUGGCGUUCUCCUCAGAGGUCUCGUCCUCGUCCUCGUCUGAAGUUAACGGGAACAUCAACAUCAGAUCUCUGUCUCCGUGGAGCUGGAGGUCGUCCACGGUGAAGAACCGGAUCCCCCCCACCCUCUGGGAGGCCGAGUGCAGCGACAGCUUCUGUUCCAGUCCCGACGGCGGACACACGGACGGACACCAGCUGAACUCGGUCCCCGUCUACCAGAAUGUCCUGGUCCUGAUCCGGCAGUAUGGGGGACGCUGCUACAACGCAACGUACCGCUCCGUGGCCGUCGGCUGUACCUGCGUCUGGGCCAGAAUCAACCAGGACUGAACUGGAACCACCUGAACCACCUGAACCACCUGAACCCGGACCAAAGGCCGGUGGAAGUCUGACAUGUUGAUUUAAGCAUCAUUGUGUCCCUGAAGCCUGAAAUUUAAGUUGUGAUUAUUUUAUUAUUAAAAAUUUACAUAAAAUGA